CCGGCUCCGGUGGCUAUGCAUGUGCUCCCCCAAAGCCCACUUCAAGCUCAGAAAAUGUCCAUUUUUGUUUUUCAUAUUGCCCUGCGCUGUUCAUAUGACUCAUCAAAGAAAAAUCAGGAAGAAGGAAGGGGGUGGCUGGUGCCCUCCCAUCAAGGCGGGAGUUAAAAGCUACGCAGUCAGCAGGUUGGAAACACUCCGCCGCACUCAGACGGCACUACCGCGUUCUAGCUGCACCGCCUCGGGAUCCGCUGCAUUUAGUUUCUUCAUCAUGACCAGUGUUGUUGUUGUGCUGAGUCUCCUGCUGUCUCUGGCUGCUGCAGCGUCCCAGCCGCCCCUGUCCUGCAGCGGGACGCCUCAUCCGUCCGGGUCAGCCUCCUACCGGCUCUCCUCACCGCCGCCACACCCCGACUGUGAGACCAGCUGGGAGGACCACAACGAAAUUGUCCUGGCCAGAGACUCUGAGUUUAACCAGACACUAGUCUCUAGCCUGACCAUGCAGUCAAUCACCAUGAAGACCUGCUGGGACGUCCUGACCUACAGAGAGGACUGUCCUUCACUGGGGACCAGCCAGAAAAUCAGGUGCACAGCAAACUGCAGCUUUCCGCCGGAGCAGAGCCCGACCGAGGAGCUGAUCUGUCUUCCUGGCCUCCUGUGUCUCCGGCAGUGGACGUUUGGUGUGGGGGUCGCCUCGGCCGUCCUGGUCCUGGUCCUGGUCCUGGCUCUCUGCUUCUUCCUCGGCAAAUGCAGAGCAGCGAGGCGAGUGGAGCGCAGCAGCGUGGCAUAUUCUGCAGGGGAGAAGCACGCUGAGCUGGAUGGAGGACAGGCAGCGUGAGUCAUUAUGGUGCAACAGAACAGAGGCCGAACAUGGACUCACACUCUUGGAUUCAGUUCCAGGCUGUUUCACCUGAAAUCUGAAAUAUCUGAGAGGAUGAAUUUGAAAUUUUACUUUAUAGAGUGGCAGGGUAAUCCAGAUUAGAGUCUGACUGUUGCGAGUUUCUGAAGGCCCAAAUACAUACAAGUGGUUUGGUGGUGAAGCAGCAUCUUUGUGCCGGUGUUCAAUAUCCAUUUUCCAUUCUGUCAUUUUUAAGUGUUAAACUCAGUCAGAGCUUCCUCCAGAUUCUUUGUCUUGGUCACGGUGGGAAAAACCCACAGCUCUUUGAAGGAGUGAUGACACGAGUCUGUGACCUCCGAUUUAACUGCUGUUUCACUGUUUCACUUCACAUCACCACACACACACAAACACACACACACGUUCCUACCAUAACGUUUACAUGACAAAAACAUAUUCCACAAACAAAUAAAAUGUCAAAAGCAAAACAUAAAAUAUCAGAUUUUUCUAUUUCAGUGUCACUGUAACCCCAGUCCAUGUUUGGCCACUGUUGAAUUUACUACUACUGAAUUUACUACUAGUCCUACUACUCCUCCUUAUACUACUACUACUACUACUACUCACUAAUCAUAAUAGUUAAAUACUAGCUUCCAGAAAUGCUUACACAAUGUCAUACAGAACUAUGAUUAUUAUUAUUACUAUUUUUAUAUGGACUUGUUUAAUAGAUUAUUAUUAUUAUUAUUAUUAUUAUUAUUAUUAUUAUUAUUAUUAUUUUUAUUAUUAUUAUCAUUAUGUAUUAAACAGAUGGGCAGGCAGAGAAGAUGGUGAUAAGUGAUUUCAUAGAAAUGAAUUUUGAUUCAUACACAUACAAGCUUGACUGAGUUCAAUCCCAGUCAGAAGUACUUUAUCGCCCUCCACAAGGGGAAAAAUAUAUUUAAACAUGACUGAAAUGAUACGAAAAACAUUAAAAAUAGAGGUUUGUAGAAACAGUAAGCCACAAGGGGAAAAAAAACCCUGAAUGGGGAAGCUGAACAGAGAGGAAGUCCAUCUUGUCCACUCACACUCUCAAAACAGAAACCUCGGAUAAAAAUAUUGUGUCAGUGAAAUCAGAGCAAACGUCCCCUGAGGGCCCGACAUGUUUCUCAGGACGUGGCUCGUCUUCUCGGAGCUCACGCAGGUUUAUCCCAUACGGUGCUGGUCUUCCGGCUGUGGAAGCAGGAGGAUUCAUCUAGAACACAAAGUGAGAUAUUAAACAUUACAGGCUAUUUAUUGUCAUUAUUAUAUGUAAAUAUAUGUAAGUUAAAGGUGGACUCUGAAAGGGGAGGGAACCCCAGCUUGUUCUGAGGUGGUAGAGAACGAUGAACGCCACUCAGUUCUCCAAAGAGCAGAACUCAGAAGUGUUAAGCCAUCAUAACCCAAAACAUAAGAGCAUUUUACUCCGUCGUUUAUGUUUUUGUGUUCAUUUGGCUCCAGAGUGUCAGAUUGAAGACAGGAAUUUCAAAGUGUCACAUUGGUUCUCUGGGUUAUUGGUCUUGGCAUGAACCUGAGGGGUUUUGUCCUUCUUCAGCCUCAUCUUUAACUUUACUAGACAAAUAUAUACAUCUAUCUGUAAAUAUAUAUUCUCAUUUCCUAUUGUCACUUUGCUCUCAUUUUAUACCUUUCUUGUUGUGAAUCACUGUGCAAACCUUGCUGUAAAAGGGGCUGUAAUUCUUUUUAUAAUAACGAUACUAGUUAUUCAUAUCUUCUAUUUUUCUAAUUCUAACAAUAAUAACAUAAAUAAAUAAUUUUUAAGGAGAGUUUGACAUGAGGGAUCUAACACAUGAUGAUUGUUGGAGGGUGUUUGUUGCAU